CAAUUCAUACUUGAAUGAUAAGAUAAAUAUUAGUAAAUACGAAACUUGAAUUCGAAUUUUGUUACAUGUUCUUAUGUAUUAGAAAUAGUAAACUCAAGGGAGCUAUCUGAUAAGAAAAAGCAUAAAAAGUGUAACUAGCAAAAUUACAAACAGUUUUAGUGUUACAAGAUUUUUAUAAUUGUUAUAUCAUAUUAAUAAUGGCUCAGCAAGAAUUUCCACCAUUGAAAAAUGAUUUGAUAUUGAAGGCUGCAUAUGGAGAACCAGUAGAACGUAUUCCAGUAUGGAUAAUGCGUCAAGCUGGAAGAUAUCUUCCAGAAUUUCAGGAAGUUAGAUCAAAACAUGAUUUCUUUUCUGUUUGUAAAACACCAGCUUUGUCUUGUGAAGUUACCUUACAACCUAUACAACGGUUUGAUUUAGAUUCCAGCAUUAUUUUUUCUGAUAUUCUUGUUAUUCCACAAGCAAUGGGUUUAACUGUUGAAAUGGUUGCUGGAACGGGACCUGUUUUACCUGAUCCUCUAAAUGAGCCAAAAGAUUUAAGCAGACUCAUUCAACCAGAUGUGGAAAAAGAUUUAAAGUAUGUUGGAGAUGCUAUAACUUUAACACGACAUAAGUUACAGGGAAAAGUACCAUUAAUUGGUUUCACUGGUGCACCAUGGACAUUAAUGAGCUACAUGAUCCAAGGUGGAGGUAGUUCAACGAUGAUAAAAGCUAGGAAGUGGCUGUAUAAAUAUCCAGAAGAUUCUCACAAACUUUUACAAAUGAUUACUAAUGUUAUAGUGGACUAUCUUGUGAUGCAAGUUAAAGCUGGAGCACAGUUGUUGCAAGUGUUUGAAAGUCAUAGUGACUUUUUGAAUGAUGAAUUAUUUGUAAAUUAUUCAUUUAAAUAUUUGAAAGAGAUUAGUGAGAAAGUUAGACAAAAACUGAAGGAACAAAAUAUUCAUGAAGUACCAAUGAUUGCUUUUCCUAAAGGUGCAACAAUGAAUUCUUUGGAAAUUUUAGCAAAAUCAAAAACUUAUGAAGUGUUGGGUGUAGAUUGGACUGUGGAUCCCAUAGAAGCAAGGAAACGAUUAGGUUCUGAUAUUACUUUGCAAGGAAAUUUGGAUCCAUGUGCAUUAUAUGCUUCUGAGGAUGAAAUAAUGAAUCGAGCUCGAGAUAUAGUAACAAAGUUUGGUAAAACUCGGUAUAUUGCAAAUUUAGGACACGGUAUACUACCAGAUACACCAAUCGCAUCUGUUGCAGCAUUUAUUAAAGGUGUCCAUUCAAUAUGAUUUAUUAGAUUUGUUUCUUUUUUUUACAAUAUACAUGUACAAUAAAUUGUAUUUGUUAUAACCAACUUUUACCAUAAAUAUAACA